AUGUUGAUCAGAUUGAAAAAUCCAAAUAAGGCAAUGAAGAGGAAAAAGCACAAGAAAGUCAAUCAAGAUCGAACAUUUGUGAACACUGGAGAACUUCUGAAGGUAAAUUUUUUUCGAUAUCAAAAUCAAGUUCAUUCAUGAUUUCAGGAAUCUUCAUAUAUCAUAUUCUUCUUCGAAAUAAUGAAAUCGAUAUGUAUCAAUGUAUUUUGCACCUAUGAACAACGUCGAUUAUUAUGCUUUCCAGACGUGGAUGUUGGUUUCAGCUUCUUGUUCAUCGUUUAUUUCGAACAUGUUACUGUCAAUAUUAUUUUUGUCUGUUUGAGAUCUUUUCAUUUUUUAAUCAUUGUUUGGAAUAUAUUCAUUUCUAUCGUUCAUGGUGAGUUGGAGUUCGCGUAACAAACCUAGCUAAAUAUAUUGUCCUGGACAGGUUGGAUAUAUGGUUUUUGGCCAUGUUCAAUCCAUGUUCAAGCCAGGAAAAAUUUAGGCCAGUUUCAAGUUUAGAACAGUAUGAGGCCAGGACAAUUUCCCCAUCCCUGGUUAGGAGAUUAUUAGAAAUUUCUGUAUCAAAGACCACCCACGAUGCCUAAAAGAUUGAGAAAGUACCCCCCUGAAUUUUUAUAAAACCGGUCUCAAAAUUAUUUUUUUCAGUUAGGUAACUUACCCGGUAGCAGGAUUAAGCAAGUAAAAAUUUAUUUCCCGAGUUUCUGAAAACCGGAAAAAUUUCCAUCAAAAAAUACACGAAUCAUUUGGUUUUCAACCAAUUUUUUGUUUAGCACAAUCAUACUCAAUUUGUUCAAAAAAUUCUCUGAUACAUUUUGCUUUUUAGAACGCUAAAUUUUGUCAAGUUCUAUGGAACGAUUUUUUGAAUUUUGCCUAUUUUUUAACCUCAAAUUUUCCCGGUUUUCAGAAACUAGGGAUAUUAAAUUUUACUUGCCUUAUCCUGCUACCGGGUAUGUUAAAUGAAAAAAUAAUUUUGAGACCGGUUUUAUAAAAAUUCAGAGGGGUACUUCAUUCCUUGUAAGUUACUCGAUAAAUCAGCAAUUAUUAGGCACAUCAGUUUCUUUCUAGUUUUGAGCUUUGUCAAUGGGUCUUGGAGAAAAUCACAAUAAGAUAAGCUCUCAACAAUGAAUUUUUUUAAUGAAAAUCAGCGGAUCAGUGGAGAUCGCAGAAUUUCUAAAAAAUUCUUAUUGCUUUUGAGUGUAUUUCAAACAUAAAAAUAAAACAAAUAGGCAUAUUCACAUGCUUUGAUAUUAAAAAUGAAUCCAAACUAAACAGGAUCCUGUCAACCUGAUAUUGCCCAAUAAAAUCAAAAUUUAACAAAACUGUUUCAGGUGAUAUGAAUAUUGUGAAUGCCAAAGUAAUUAUCUGGUAUUGCAUCUAUUUCACACUCAUCUCCACAUGGUUUCUUGGAUCAAUCUAUUACAAGAAAAAACAAGCUGUAAGUUUUUCCCUACAAAAACCCCUACAGUAAUCCAUAUUUUUCCAGAAACCCGCAGAAUGUCAUAAUCGAGACGCUUAA